UUAGGCGAAAUUGAUCAGACAAAACCACCAACGGGAACAAUAACAAGAAGGGAGUAGUCCCACGCGGCCUGCUAGGAACAGAGCCACGUGGCGACUAAUUCCAUGCGCCUUUUGUCUAAAAGGAGCGUAUAUGUUAUAUACGCAAUCAUCAUCAUCAUCUCUUUUGUGAAUGCUUCUACUACUAAAUAGUACUAAACAUUCAAGCUGUAGAAUUAGAGGAAUGGGCCAGGCAUUUCGUCGAGCAUCUGGCAGAAUCCGAGCCACCGAUCCAUCUCCGACUCCCAAGAGCGCAGGUGAACGCAGGUCUCCCGUGGCCACCACUGAUAACGCCGAUAUCUCUAGGAGAACCACCCAAUAUAACAAUCAAGAAAGUCUUGAUUCUGAUGGUGCUCCGAGAGUGAAUGCUGACAACGUCCUUGAACAACGAGAUCCACAAUUUGAUGCAAUGCUUAGUCAAAUGGUGGGUAGAAUUAGAUUAAAGCCUGGAGGCAAACUUGAGAUUGGUGAGGCAGCUGUUGUAGAAAGGUAUAAUAGACCCAUGCCAAAGCUGCGGGACACAAAACCUGAUUCCGGCAGGUAUGAAGAAAGACCUGCUCCUCAAGGAACUCUGAAUGUGGCACAGCUGCGCCACAUCAUGCUUCUGCAUCAAGGCAAAGCUGAUGAUCAUAAUGGGCCAAUGGACAUACACCAGAUUGCUCAGAAGUUUCGACUUGAAGUUGCGCUGGUGCAACGAAUCUUGCAGUUUGUAUCACUGCCACCGGAGGACAGUAAUAAACGGAAAAGCUAUCAGUGAUCCUGUCUUUCACUUCUGCUCUGUUGAAUAAGGGAGAGUAAAUGCUGCAACCUGAAAUUUUAUCAGCUGGGCGGGCGCGGGCAACUAUGGUUUCAUGUACUUCUCGGAGCAAAUAUAACUAUUUGGUGGCCGCAAGUAUCUGGAAAUAGCUGUACAAUUUUCACAUUCCAAUAUUUUUUAGGCUAUUUUAGUUAGACUUCAGGUAAAUUAUUUAAUAAAAUUAUUCCGUUCAUGUCGUAUAAAUCAGAAUUGUAACUGUAAUCUUUUUACUCCUCACGAUAGCUUCCAUAAAUUUCGAAGCUUGUCUUCUUGUUUCACCC